AUGGAUCUGGAGAUUGUUGGCCGUCACGCUCUAUUUUUCGACGACGAUUCGAUGGCAACGUUCGUCAACUCCCCGACGGCGCUCGUUGACUGGAACAGCCUUUUAAUUGACCGGUACGAUGUUCGUCACCUCCUCUCUUCUCCUCCUCCUCCGCGUCAGAAGCGCCGUCGUCCGUUUUCAGAUGACCCUGACUUGGAACCGGAGCUCGAUCACGAGCGUUAUGUUGAUUUAUCGACGGAAUCGCCAUCGCCGUCGCACUGUGAUAACGAUGUAAACGAUGAUUCAGCAAAUCCAAGUGCCGGCGAUUUUCGUGCUGUUGCCUUUUCAUACGGAAGCACCAAUGAUUCCAAUGACCAGAAGAAUGAUGAUGUGGAAUCUGAGUUUCACCCGCCUUUCACCGUGCCUGAUUAUUUACUUCAGAACGUGCCCCCAACUGAGAAAUUACAUCAGAUCAUCGCAAAAACUUCAAGUUUUGUGAGAAAACAUGGAGGGCAAUCUGAAAUUGUCUUGAGAGUCAAACAAGGAGGCAACCCAACAUUUGGAUUCCUGAUGCCAGACCAUCAUCUUCACCCUUACUUUAGGUUUCUUGUUGAACAUCAGGAGCUUUUGACAGGAAAGUCUUCUGUGGAGGAGAAAAAAGUUGAAGGUGGGAAGGAUGUUGGCGCUUUGUCCUUGCUUGGUUCGGUUUAUGGGACUGAAGAAGAUGAAGAUACUAAAGAGGAGUCUGCAAAGGACUGCAAAACAAAUGAGUCUGCUGGAGGUGAUGACGGUGUUAAGGUAACCGAUUCCAAUGGACCUGAAGGGUCAAAAGGAGUUCCAAAGAUUGCCACAGAAGGAGGUGCAGCCUCUAAGCAGAAUGAUCAAGCAUCUUUCGUAAAAAGAAACCCUUCUGUCAUCGCAGUAAAUGUUGUAGAGAGGAAGCAGGUCAAUACAGAAGAUACUACUACAGAAAAACAUUCGACUUCUGAGAAGUUGCAAUCUUCUGCAAUGCUGGCACAGCCCAAGCUUGAAAUGCCGAUUGUGGAGCCGCCUGUUGAGAUGAAAAGAGUGAUUGAGAAGAUUGUAGACUUCAUCCAAAAGAACGGGAAAGAACUUGAGGCUACUCUUGCCGCACAGGAUGUUAAAUACGGGAUGUUUCCAUUCUUACGUCCAGCUAGCUUAUACCAUGCAUAUUUUCGAAAAGUUCUCCAAGAAGCCGAAGAGUUGAAAUCAUGUGGCAAAGGCGAGAUUACCAAAAAGGAAGACAUGAAGCAAGAAAAGAUAGGAAAUGCUGUAAAAGACGACAAACCAGCUUUUGGGAGCGUCUUACCGGAUGAUUCCACCAAGAACGAGAAACUAAAUAUGGUCAGUGACAAACCAAAGAUUGUGUCACACAAAGAAACAUUCAAGCCAGUCGAACCGCAGAUGAGGGUCAAUGUAGAUGUGAAUACCGCUGCUGCUAUACUUCAAGCUGCCAGAAGAGGCAUAAGGAAUCCCCAGUUAGGGAUUCUAUCAGGCAAACCCUUGAAUGAGACUGCUCAGAGCCUCGAAAAUGAUGGAAGUAAUACUUCAUCAAAGUCUCCUGAUAUGGCCAAACCCAUGGGUCAACUGAUUUCGGGCUCGGCUGCUGUUAGUGAUGCUGAUUCUUCUGAAUCAGGCUUGUCUAAGGAGCAGAAGUUGAAGGCAGAAAGGUUGAAACGUGCAAAGAUGUUUGUGGCCAUGCUAAAACCUGGUGCCCAGACAGCACAAGAAGCUGAACGAUCGCGAAGCUUAUCAGUCGAACCGUUGGACUCUGGGAUUUCUGGAUUAGGUUCUAAUGCUGUCAAAGAAAGAGAAGGUAGCUUACCUGAGACGAAACAAGCUGAUGAUGGCAACAACGAAAGACGGUCAAAGAGGAAUUACCGUGCCAGAUCACAGAGAAAUGAAUAUGAUGAAAUGAGAGAAGAAGAAGACGAUGAGCAGAGCAGCAUGGAGGGAGUUACAGAAGAAACCAAGACUGAGAAGAAGCAUUCAAGUAGAAAACGGCAUGAUAGGCAUAAGCAUAAGACGAGACACUCUUCCAAGGACAGGCACAAGCAUGAGAGCUCCUCAGAGGAUGAGUAUCACAGUCGUUCACGUCAUAGGCACAGACACAGAAAAUCCUCUGAUAGGCAUGAGGUAUAUGAUUCUUCUGACAGUAGUGACCGUGAGCACCGACACAAGUCUAGUAAGCAUAACAACGAUGCUGGUUAUUCCAAGGACAGGCAUAGCCAUCGUCACAGAUCUAGGAAGCAUGAUAAGCAUCGUAGUGACUCAACUGAUGAUGAGCAUCGCCGUUACGACCGGCACAGAUCCAGUCGACGCAAGCACGAGGACUCUUCAGACGCUGAGCAUGGUCAUCGACACAAGUCUAGUAAACGUGUGAAGAAAGAUAAGAAAACAGAGGAAGAAGAGACUGUUUCAAAGUCAGAUCUUAAAGCUGCUACUGAAGAUAACAUCCCGUGCCUGCAAAACGAACCAACUCAAGUUUCGGAUGAGCUAAGAGCGAAAAUCCGUGCCAUGUUAGCUGAUACCUUGUGA